AUGCAGGCUAAGAGCCUUCCACCGACAUCUUCAUUGACUAUACUCAGCUCCUCGCAAUCAGCCAAAGAACUGGAUGCUUCCCCCACAACGGCAUACUCCGCUGGCCAUUUACCCUCAUACCGCGCCGUUAAAAAUUUACCCUAUGAGCUCCGCGAGCAUUGCAUGAUAUAUCUCGAAGAGGGUCUUCACUGUCAAGCCUUAAAUCUUCUGACCUCACUCUUAACAUCCGGGUUUACCUCUUCGAGCCCACUUCCUGCCUUCCUUCCGCCGCCUCAUUACCUCGCGCUGAUCGCGACCCUAGCCGUCCAUCCUACCCUGACGACACGGGCGAAGACCCUGGAUCGAGUCCAAGCCGCCAAUCUUGCGCUUCGAUAUCUACGCUUGGUGCUAAAGCAUGCUGGUCCUGUCAAUGGCAAUCUCAAUGACGCAUUCACAUUCAAUAGUCUUAGCUUUUCGUCGCGGCGCGGAGGAAGUGGGAGAAGAAGAAUUACAGGCGAAGGGGCAAUCCCUCCUGUCGACGAUGAUGAGCGCAUUGAUACCGAAUUGGCGAAUGCUGGGUCAUUGUGGGCACAUGCAGAAGGUUUCUGGCAUGUUGUCGGGUGGUGCUUCAAUUGCAGUAUCCUGCACAAACGGCGGUGGGAGAGAUGGAACGCCUGGCUGACGUAUAUGAUCGAGGUUCUCGAAGUGGACUGGGAUGCGCGGGAACACGGAGAGGGGCAUGAAUCGAGAGAGAAGAGCUUGAUCAUGAAAUAUAUCAACUCCGGAGCCACCACUGCGGGGAGGCAACGACACAUUUUAAGGGCCGUCUUUGCAGAUGGCAGGACAAAGUCAGUGGCUGAAUUUGGCGAAAUUUGGAAGAACGAGACAAAAGAGCUGAAGAAGGACGUCGACGUCACAAAAGCAGAGAAGAAGAUCGAUAUCGAAGCCGACAACUACGGCGAUUACAUGGAAGACGAAGAUGAUGAGGACUUGACGGACUCACCAGAGGAUCUCUCGCCUCCCCCUGAGCAAAUGACAGAAUCCAUCCCCAAUGUCGCAGAUGACCUUGGCGGUAUGGACUCCGUCAACCUGCGUCUUCGUCUCCUCUCCCUCCUGUCCAAAGUGUCCGCCGGCCUCCCCGACGAUUUCACAGACCUUAACACACUCUACGAUAACUUCCUUGAGCACAUCCGCUCUCUACCAAUACCUGCAUUUUUCCUCAUAAUCUCACCGACCACUCUCCGCGUCUUCGCCCCAGCCGCAGCAUCAUCACUCGCACAAUACAUACUACGUUCCCUCAUCGCGGCAUCUGCACCUUUGCCGCUUAAUGACAACAUUUCACAAGACAUACUCGGAAGGAGCUAUCUGCCUUUUCCGGCGAACACAACCAGUAUCGUGGAUAAUACGAAGGUCAGUUUGUGCGUUGAGACUCUGCUGCGACUUUUGGACCACCACAUCGGACUAGCGUGGACGCCAGGUCUACAGGAGGCAGCGGAGGCGGGGAUUAAAGCCAGGACUGCAAAAGCGAAGAAGAAGCAAACAAAGAGAGGGACUGAUAGGGAUUGGGGUGGUGAUGGGACGUGGUUGGCUGCUAGUGCAGAGAGAAUAAGGGGCGUGGUUGGGAUGGCAAAACCGUGA